GGAUUUCAACCCAGAGGAGUUCAGAUCCCACCUGAAAGAAAGGGGGGGAGCUGGCUUCACAGUUUAGCGGAACUGGCGCGUGUUGACAUCCCACCUCUGGAAUGCCGUGCGGAGUCUCUCUGUGGGAAUAACGCGGACCACCAAACAGCCAGGCUCCACUCAUGUCUACUCACCUCCUUGCUUCAUCAUCAUCAUCAUCUUUCUGGCUAAUGCUGCGUUUCCUGCUCAGUGUCCUGCUGCUGCCCUCAGGCGUCCAUGGCCAAGGUCGUCUUAAGCUGACGGUCCUGUCUGAGGACAGACUGCAGAUGAAAUGGAAGGAGGCUGAUGGACCCGUUCAGGGCUACAAGGUCCGCGUGAGACCCAUCUCAGAGGUGCCACAGCCAGAGCUGAUGCUGACCACCACACGGGGCCGGGCAACGGUGGCAGGACUGGACUCCAGUCAGGAGUACGCCCUCCAAGUCCUCGUGCUCAAUGGAACAACAGAGAAACUUCUCGCAAAGCGACGAUUCACUAUGGAGGGUCUGCGGGAGGAGGAAAUGGUCCGUAGUGGUAGCCGAGAGCAGAGGAAGAAGAUGUUGCCAGGCGGGUCAGGGUCAGGAGAUCUGGACGAUGCAACAGAGGCUCUGGUGGGCCUGCCAACGAUUCUGUAUCCGGGCCCCACCACCACCGCUGCUGCUGCUACUACUACAGAGCCCCCAGCUAUAGAAACCCCCUCUCAGCUUCCUGAAGAGACCCCAGAGAAAACCGCCAAAGAGAAGAGGAAGAGGAAGAAAGAAAAAGAGCGGGAUCGUUCUAAGGUGGAGAAUAAGGAGGAGCAGGGGACGGCACAGGGAAAAGCAGCCGAGGAGAAACCCCGGAAAACACCCUUCCCUACCCAGCCGGUUACAGGUAUGUCUCCAAGGAAACCAUUUGAGUGUGACAGCGAUGCAGCAGCGGACAUCAUGUUGUUGGUGGACGGCUCCUGGAGCAUCGGACGCACCAACUUCAGACGGGUCAGAGACUUCUUGGAGGGCCUGAUGACGCCCUUCCGCAUCGGGCCAAACCACAUUCAGAUUGGUCUGACGCAGUACAGUGGAGACCCCCGCACAGAGUGGCAGCUCAACAACUUCACCACUAAAGACCAGCUGUUGGAGGCAGUAAGGAAUUUCAGAUAUAAGGGAGGAAACACAUUUACAGGCCAGGCGCUGCUCCACAUCAUGGAGGAGAACAUGAGGGCCGAGGCAGGCGCGAGGUCGGACAUGCCAUUUUUCCUGGUCUUGUUGACCGACGGGAAAUCUCAGGAUGACGCCAUUGCUGCGGCAAGCCGGCUGAAGAAUGCUGGCGUGGAGAUCAUCGCUGUAGGUGUGAAGAAUGCUGAUGAAGCCGAGUUGAGACAAGUGGCAUCAGAGCCGGUGGAUCUGAACGUCUACAAUGUCAAUGACUUCCCUCUGCUCAGCAAACUGGUGGCACGCCUGGUCCACAUCCUGUGUGGGAGGAUAGAGGACCGUGGCAUCACAAAACGAAUGGAGCCUGGGCCGACAGCAGACCCGGCCCUCUCCUACCCCAGUCCUACUGAUCUCCGGUUCUCUGAACUGGGCUCCAAAGAAGUGAAGCUUCACUGGACCAAUCCUGCAAAGCCAGUUCAACAGUACAGAGUGGUCUACCACAGCGCAGAGGGUCAGAGUCCACAGGAGGUGGUUUUGGCUGGCUCGGAGUCCACCGUGCUUCUGGAAGACCUCUCCUCUCAGACACUGUACCACGUGUCCAUCUUCCCCGUUUAUGAAGACAAUGUUGGCCUGGCACUCAGAGGAACUGUCACUACAUUGCCCCUGGCCAUGCCUGCCAACCUGGAGGUGACUCCUUCCUCCUACAGCACGCUGCGAGUGAGUUGGGGUGCAGCACCAGGUGCAACGCAGUACAUGAUCCUGUACUCAGCACUCAACCAUGGAGAGCCUGAUGACGCCAAGGAGGAGAAAUUCAGUGCAGACCAGACAGUGGUGGAGCUGGCAGGGUUACUGUCGGCAACAGACUACUCCGUCACUCUUUAUGCCCUCUAUGAUGAGGAUCCCAGCGACCCUGUCACUGCUGUUGCCACCACAUUCCCUCUCCCACUGCCGGUGAGUAUUCAGUUCCCAAAGGUCACCCACAGUAUGCUGAGGGUGAGCUGGGUGCCCGGAGCCGUGGACGUCCCCGGCCACAGAAUCACCUACAGCACCAACCACGGCAGUGACGUCAAGCGGGUGGAGGUUACAGGACUGAACUCAGUGCUGGUGCAGAACCUGUCCUCUCUGUCUAGCUAUCUGGUUUCAGUCCAGUCUCACUACCCACAAGGCCUGUCUGCAGCACUCACCAGUAACGUCACCACACUGAAGGUGCCUUCCCCAUCAGACCUCAGGGUGACUAAUUUCUCAGGCAGUGAUAUCACCGUGCGCUGGGAGGCUGCAGCUGAUGAUGUUGUCUCCUACCUCAUCAAGUGGAUCUCCCUCAGUGGAGGAAACCUCAGACAGCUGAGGGUGAGUGGUGAGAGUGAAGGGGCGAUCCUGGAGGGGGUGGAGGAUGAUAAGGAAUACCAGAUCUCUCUGUCUGCACUUUAUGGAGAUGGAGCUCAGAGUGAAGCUGUGGCCAUACGCUAUAGCACCUUGUCCGGUGGAGGCCCAUCCAGCGUAUCGGUAUCCGAGGAGACUGCAGUCAGCUUGGCGGUCAGCUGGAUACCUCCCAAUGCCCAUGUCCUCCGGUAUCGCGUGUCUUACACUGCAUUGACUGGAGCUGAAACCCAGGACAGCACUGUGUUGGUCCCAGGUGGUGAAAAGCGGGUGGUGUUAGAGUCAUUACAUCCAGAUACACGCUACAGCAUCCUGGUCACCGCAGAGUACCGCAACAGAGAGGGAGGCAGCGGUUCAGCUCAGGGAAAAACCACCAGUCUGCGGGUAAGCAGUGUGAGUGUGGUCAGGUCAGACCACUCCAGUAUCUGUGUGUCUUGGAGACCUGUGUCUGCUGUCGAUGGAUAUCGGAUUGUCAUCCAGUCUGUCAAAGACAAGCAAACAAAGGAACAAACUGUCGAUGAGUCCAGCAGCAGUCACUGUUUCACUGAUCUGGAACCAGAGACUCUGUAUCGCAUCGGCGUGCACUCGCUUCUCGACUCAGCAGAGGGCGCUGCCGUCUCCAUUCUCCAUCCAACAGCCACAGCUCCAGCCAGAAUUCCCAUCCAUCCCCGGAUGUACCCUAUCCACAACGAAGUCUGCCCUGAAGUCACCAUCAGAAACAGCAUUGUUAAAGGAUUUGACAUGAUGGAAGCGUUUGGUCUGACUCAGAGAGCUCACUCGUCUGUGGAGGGCGUGGCAGCCGAGCCUUUUGUCUUCAACACCCUCCCCACCUACACUCUGUACAGAGACGUCCAACUGACACAGAGCACCAAGUUUAUCCACCCUGCAGGUUUCUCUCCAGAGCACACCAUCAGCAUUGCCUUCCGCAUGUUGCAGGAUACACCCAGGGAGCCCUUCGCCCUCUGGCAGCUCACUGACAGUGACUUCCAGCCCAAGAUGGGAGUGGUGCUCAACCCUACUACCAAGCAUCUGAUGUACUUCAGUCUGGACUACAGGGGAGAAGUGCAGGAACUGACCUUUGACCAGCCGCAGGUCCACAGACUGUUCUAUGGAAGUUUUCACAAGGUUCACCUGUCUGUCAGCCAGGUGAGUGUGUCCCUGUCUGUGGACUGCCAGCAUGUGGGUGAGAGGCCUGCCCGCCCUUUAGGCAACCUACCGACCGAUGGCUUUGAGAUGCUGGGAAAACUGGUGAAGACCAGAGGACCCAAUAGUGGAUCUGCACCGUUCCAGCUGCAGUCCUUUGAGAUCGUCUGUAACACCACGUGGGCUUCAGACGAUACCUGCUGUGACCUGCCUGGAGUGAGAGAUGAGGAGAGCUGUCCUGCCCCGGCGUACACCUGUACCUGUUCCUCUGACAUCCCCGGAGCUCCCGGUUCCCCUGGACCAACUGGAAAACCAGGCCCUCGUGGUGAGAAAGGCGAGAAGGGAGAGCAAGGCCAAAAGGGGGAGGUGGGUCCUCCAGGAAAGUCUGGAUUUGAGGGAGGUCUUGGACCCCUGGGCAACACAGGGCCCCGAGGCAUGGCCGUGCAGGGCAAAAUGGGUCCCCCCGGUGCAAGAGGGGAAAAGGGAGAUCUUGGGCGACCAGGAGUCCAGGGUUUACCAGGACCUCCAGGUCCAAAAGGGGAAGAGGGGAUUCCAGGCCCCAAGGGCAUUAGGGGGAUAGAAGGUAACAUCGGUGCACCUGGCAUCACUGGACCCAGGGGUUUCCAAGGAAUGCCAGGACACCCAGGGCCGCUAGGGGAAAGGGGCCCCUCAGGAUCUGUGGGACCUACGGGUCUGCCAGGGAAUAAAGGGGAACGAGGAGAGAAGGGGGAACCUCAGUCUAUGGCCAUGAUCUACCAACUGGUCACAGAGGCCUGUGAGCAACUAGUGCAUAAGGAGGUGUUGAAGCUUGACAUGUUCAUUAAUGAGAUAAGUCGUAAGCCAGCUCCUAUUGAGGAGCCGGUGGGGCCCCCAGGAGAACCUGGUAUACCGGGGCCCAAGGGACCACCAGGAGACAGGGGCACCCAGGGGCAUGUCGGCCCAAGGGGGAGACCUGGCAGGCCUGGAUAUCCAGGAGAACAGGGGAGGAGAGGUAUGACAGGGGCGAAAGGCGAUGCAGGAACCAAUGUCGAGGGGCCCACAGGGGUUAAAGGAUUCGCAGGUCCUCCAGGUGAGUCCAAGCUGGGAAUCCCAGGUUCCAAAGGAGAUGAUGGUAAGCCAGGACCCCCAGGGAUCCCCGGACCUCCUGGACAGCCAGGCGAGGUUGGACCACCGGGUGUGUGUGACAGCAGUGGAGGCUGCCGCAGAGUUCCCCAGCAAACAGGAGACACAGACCAACAUUAGCAUUCACUGGAGUGGUGUUUGUGUCCACCUGAUGAAUAAGACCCUUAUUAUGGCUACCAGCCUUGAGUGGAUAUUCACAAGCAGGCAGCAAUGGCAAGGUGACUGGUGCCUGUUUGAAAUGACUAUGGUUCCUUUGGAGCUGAAUGACAGGCUGGGAAUGGAGC